CGAGUCGCGUGAACUUUCUCUAAACUGAGUUGGAAGGCCGGCCCAUCUGCUGCAGCAAAUUGUUCAACUCACCAGGGAGGGGGAGGGAAGAGGAGGAAAGGGGGAGAGGUGGAGGGGAGGGGGGGUCGAGAAAGAGAGGGAAAGGAGGGAGGGAGAGGUUUGGGGUUUGAAAACAGCUCCUCAUGUCUGCGGAGAGAAGAUCCAGGCUGUGAGCGAAAAGUUUUGUCAACUCUGAGGGAACGGCAGCAGAAGAGUUGGUCCUGAGGGAAGAGGAGGGAGGCGAAGACAAAAGAGGGAGGAGGGGGGAGGAGAAAGAAGAAAAGGAGAAGAUGAAUGUGAGGAAAGACGAGUUAAAGACGCCUCUCUGACACUCCGACGUUAGCCGGACAGCGGCGGAGCUCGGCGCGGUGCUAACUUUCUCCCAGCUCCUUUCAUGGAGCUCCUCCUGAACGCCUCGUGCUGCCUUCACGGUCCGACGGUGGCGGCGCCAGCGCUGUGCUAGUUUACGGGAAUCUGUCCGAAGUUUUCCACAACAGGACGUGAAAAGUUUUGGGGACGUGAGGCUGCAGCCGUGACGAUCUGGACACCAGUCCAUCAUGGAGACCUCUGCUCCGACCACCGACAGGAAGGACAGCUCCAGUCUGGAGGGGGGCAGCUUCUCUGAGCUGCCCAAGAAACCAUCGUCCAGCCCCCUGACCAGAGGUGUCCAUCAGCUCUUCCCAGCUUUCCACCCCCCCAUCCCCAUUGACAUGAGGCACCAUGAAGGGCGGUACCAGUAUGAGCCACACCCACUUCAUGCAAUACAUGGAGCUCCAGGACUGACGGGCAGCCCGGUGGUCUCGGACCUCUCCCUGAUCCGUCUGUCGCCCGGAGCAGCCGAGUCUCCUCUGAGUCCGGCUCAUCCGUACGUCAGCCCCCACAUGGAGCACUACCUGAGAGCAGUGCACGGAAGCCCCACCCUCUCCUUGAUCUCUGCUGCCCGAGGGCUGAGCCCUGCUGAAGUGACCCAUGAACACCUGAAGUUCAGCCUGCCCCCUCCUCCGUCAGGAGCCCACCCCACAGAUUAUUACCACCUCCUGGCUAACCACGCUCAGCGCAGCCCCUACAGUGAUCUGCUGAUGCAGAGUGGAGCAGCAGCAGCAGCAGCAGCAGCAGCAGCCGUGGACGUUGACGCUGCCGUGUCUUUGUCUCCAGUCUCACGGUUCUCCAGCCCACGGCUGACGCCGCGCCUCAGCAGAAAGAGAGCUCUGUCCAUCUCCCCUCUGUCCGACGCCAGCAUUGACCUGCAGACCAUGAUCCGGACCUCGCCCAACUCCCUGGUGGCCUACAUCAACAACUCCCGCUCCAGCUCGGCCGCCAGCAGCUCCUACGGACACCUGUCCGUGGGAGGGAUCAGCCCGUCACUGGGGUUCCCACAUCCCAUCAACCCUGUGGCCUACCAGCAGCUGUUGUCCCAGCAGAGGGGUCUCAAUGCGUUUGGACACAUGCCCCCCCUCAUUCAACCGUCCACGUCAUUCUUCUCCGCACGCCAACACCCCCUCGCCACUCCACCCAUGACCACGGGCGCCCACAGCAACACCAGCUCUGAGACCAACCAGAAUGCCGGUGGUGACCCAGCAGUUAGCAGCACGGUCAACCCACUGACAACCAAGAGGUCAAAGGUCAAGACAGAAGAAGAACCUCAGCUUCCAAUCUCACCAAACGCACAGGAGCACCGCGGCGGAGGGAUUCUGGACCUGAGCGAGGAUCUGGACAAGGACGAGUGUAAGCUAGAACCCGAGGCUGUGUACGAGACCAACUGUCACUGGGACGGCUGCAGCAGGGAGCACGAAACCCAGGACCAACUGGUGCACCACAUCAACAACGACCACAUCCACGGGGAGAAGAAGGAGUUUGUGUGUCGCUGGGAGGAGUGUUCGCGGGAACAGAAGCCUUUCAAGGCCCAGUACAUGCUGGUGGUCCACAUGAGGAGGCACACAGGAGAGAAACCACACAAGUGCACAUUUGAAGGCUGCUCCAAAGCUUAUUCCCGUCUGGAAAACCUGAAGACACAUCUUCGUUCUCACACUGGAGAGAAACCGUAUGUUUGUGAGCACGAAGGCUGCAACAAGGCGUUCUCCAACGCCUCAGACCGAGCUAAGCAUCAGAACCGCACACACUCCAAUGAGAAACCGUACGUCUGUAAGAUCCCAGGCUGUACCAAACGAUACACAGACCCCAGUUCUCUCAGGAAGCACGUCAAAACCGUGCACGGACCGGAGGCCCACGUCACCAAGAAGCAACGAGGGGACACCCCUUCAAGACAGCAGCCCCCUAGGGGCGAUGGGGAGAACGACGCCAACUCCAAACACAGUACCAGAGGCCCUGAAGGCAUCACGGAGACCAGCAAGAACUCUACAGGAGUGGACUGUCUUCACAGCCGACCAAUCAAGACGGAGACCUCCACGACGUAUCAGUCCAGCCCUGGCGACCGUUCAUCAUGUAGCAGCGAGCCGUCACCUCUCAGCGCCGCCAACGACCACGACAUUGGCGUAGAGAUGGCCGUGCACGGCAGUGGCGGCGGCGGCGGCUUCGGGGACGUGAGUGAACAAGAGGAGUGGCCAAUGGUGGACUCCACCGUUCCCCUGGGCGGGGUGGGGGUGCAGUCCAGGAAAGCUGCCGGGGUCACCAUCAGGCUGGAGAACAUUAAAAAGGAACGACUGAAGACGGUGAGGGACCCCUGUCCCUGGGUCAACCCUGCAACAGCGCCACCACAAGGCCAACACCACAACAUCAAGCUGCCGCCCAUAUCUGCAGGGGGUCCCCACCUGGACAGCUCUCACCUGGUCAGCAGUUUACCUCCUGGUCAGCCAUGUUCUGACCAGUCUUCUUGUGAGGUCACUUUACUGAACCAGCUGAACCAGAGGCGGACCAGCACCACCAGCACCAGCAGCUCAGCCUACACCUUGAGCCGCCGCUCCUCCGGUAUCUCGCCGUGCUACUCCAGCCGCCGCUCCAGUGAGGCGUCCCAGUUUGGCACCGGCCGCCACAACAACAACAUCAGCUCAGCGGACUCCUACGACCCCAUCUCCACGGAUCUGUCCCGGCGCUCCAGUGAGGCCAGCCAGGGUGGAGGGGGUGGUGUCGGUGGGGGUGGAGGAGGCCUCCCGAGCAUCCUCAGUCUCACACCCGCUCAACAUUAUCGCCUCAAAGCUAAGUACGCCGCUGCCACAGGCGGUGCCCCGCCUACUCCGUUGCCCAACAUGAAUCAAAUGAACCUUCGGACCCGCGUGGCGUCGGAUGGAACCUCCAUCCCGUUCCUCCAGCCUCCUGGUGGAGCGGCUCCGCGGCGCUGCAGUGACGUUGGGUACACCGCCAGGACCAUAAUGCAUCACGAGGCGCCCACCAGUCUGCCGCGUCGUGCCAGUGACCCAGUACGCCAAACCCACCCAGAGAACCUCUCCUUCUCCAGGAUCCAGCGCUACAACAGUACCAGCAACCUCCGUCCCAUCACCGGACCUGAGCGGUGGCACCGCCCUGGAAGUCGGCAACAGUACCCGUUCGCCCCCAGACCUCCGAGCAUUUCUGAGAAUGUAGCCAGGGAGGACGGGGCAGAUAGGACGAGGGCACGAGGGGGGCAGAACCAGGAGGAGGAUCUGGUUCUUCCAGAUGAUGUGGUUCAGUACCUUAGGUCUCAGAACUCAGGCCCCCCAGGUACCAUGAGUUGGGAGGAGCAUCACUCUAACAGACACCAGGGGGCAUCGUCCCCGCCGGCACCGUUCUACACUCAGAGGAAAAUGGCAGCUGUGGAUGGUACCACGGUACCAGCAGAACCCGUCAAGAAGAACAUCAUGCCUGUGCAGUGGAACGAAGUGAGUUCAGGUUCUGUUGACGCCACAAACCAGGUGUCCAGGAACCAGCAGCAGGUUCUCAGAGGAAACCUGGCCGUGGUCCAGCAGAGGCAGAACUUUGGACCCUUCCAGACUCCGGGUCAGGGUCUGGUCUGUAACCAGCGGCUGCUGCCCCUCAGUCAAGGAUAUUUGAACCAGCAAAGACACGGCAACAGCGCCACCUUCAGUCAGGGGCUGAGUCCAAAUCAAGGCUACGAUCGAGAAGCGGCUCAGAACUUCAGAGCUGGGACCAUGAGGCCCGCCCACAGCGAGGGGUCUGAGCUGCAGACCCACUGGACCAGAGCAGAGACCAGCGUGCGUUCUCACGGGAACCAGAUGGAGCAGCAGAGAAAACUGUUCCAGCCCCGACCUCCAACAGAACCCAUGUCCACAGUCAGACAACACGCGGGUCCAAACAGCACCCUGCGGCCCAGUCAGGUACCAGAGUCCACUGACGGGAGCCGGGACUAUGGCUCCUCUGAGGCAAGUCCAAAGAGGCCCAGCUGGUCAGUGUCCCACAACGGCGCCUGCGAGAACCCAAACUCUGCCGUGUUCUACAUGGGUCACAUUCAGAUGUUUGAACCCACAACCUUCGGCUUUGACUCACCCCUGUCUCCAGGCCGGGCUGCUGCCCCGACCAACAUGGCGUCUCCAGGAGUGAACCAGGUCUCCAGCAGCACCGUGGACUCUGAGCAUGCUCCAAUAGACUUUGAGACGCUGUUGGACGAUGAAGACCAUUCCAGUCUCAUGUCCGGCACCCUGAGUCCUGGUCUUUUCCAGAGCCUGUCCAGGACCUCCUCCCGUCUGACCACACCUGGGGUCACCUCGAUCGCCCUGGCAUCGGUUCCUCCAGUGACAGGAAACAUGGCCAUCGGUGACAUGAACUCCAUGUUGACAGCUCUGGCUGAAGAAAGUAAGUUCCUCAACAUGAUGAGCUGAGAACCAACAACCACCGUUCUGGACUGGACAGAACCGUUCUCCUCAUCUGUUACCAGGCUUCAAACACGUGACGUUCCAGGGAAGGUGAAUGCAUCGGUACCAACUGCCCUUCGGUGUUUGCUGGUGUGAAAACCUUGUGCACUGAGCCCUUCACAACGUGCCUUGCUCACGAGGUGAAGGUAGGGUGAGCUGGAGCCGACAUGUGAACUGUUGGACUGAGUUCUGCUGUAGAACCUUGAUGUUUGGUACCAGUACUGUCAGUACCGUAGAGUCUAGUAGUACAGUCUCAGGUCCGGAACUUUGUUUUGACUCAGAGCAGGGACCGUCAGACCAGAACACACCAUGAACUGAGAAAUGUGGCCACACGGUGGGAGUGUGUUUACUGCUCUUACCUUACAGUUAAAAUGUCACGCGUUCAAUCCCUGGCUUUAACUGAUCUGACCUGCGUGUGUGUGUGUGUUUUCUCCACUUUGAAGUUAAUGUUCACUCUAACCUGGCCGUGUGAAUGGUGGUGUGAAUGGUUGUGAGCUUCUACCUUGGUUGACGCUGGUGUCUGUCUACAGACCAUGAUGUCGGACAAUGGUGCCCUCUGCUGGUGUUAGCGUGCAACUCCAGGACUGUGUUCGUCUCAGGGUCAGUGCGUGAAGGAGUAUUUUGUACAACAUACUGCAGUAAUAUUCGUCUGAAAUGUGAAAAUGGUGAAACUCCAGAAACUCCACCAGGUUUUUAUUUUUGAUCUGGUCUCAGGAAACAUGACCCCUGAACACAACAGACAAUUCCAGGUACCACGCCGGGCCACGCCUCCUCUGUGGCGUUGUUUUCAGGAACAGAACUCAUGAACCCGUGUUUGGACCAGGAACACUCUGACAGAACAUACCGGUGCCUCUGUGUGUUCUUAACAUAGAACCAAACCUAAUUAAGUCAAUCCCAUAAUCCCCCUGGGUUCUGGACUCUGACGCUGAAACCCUGUCAAAGACCAGGACCAGGAGAUUCAGCUCAGAGAUCCUUAAUUUGACUACACUUUAUUUCCAACACUUUAAAGUAGUCCUUCAAAUAUUUGUGUUUACUCUUUACCAUUGACUCUUCCUAUACCUGUAUGUGUGUAUCUGUGUGUGGUGGGGGGGGCGGUUCAAGAUUUGUACAUUUUUAAUAAACAAUCACGUUUUUUCAGUGAAGAUAUCUUCG